AUGGCAGGUUUGCAGAAAGGCCUGCACCCCGAAAGCCAGGACUGGACUGUACCACACAGGAAGACCUGCAUGCCCUGCCAGGACAAAUGGGGGCUCAUUGUCAGUCAUCUGAGGACAGCCUCAUCGAUAUCAGUCCUCUCUGUGGUAUUUUGGGGUGUCCUUCUGUCGGCUGACUCCUUUCCUUUGCUGGCAUGGGCAGGAGAAACCUUCACCAUUGGGGUGCUGGGUCCUUGGGACUGUGACCCCAUCUUUUCCCAGGCCCUCCCUGGGAUGGCUGUCCAGCUGGCUGUAGAUCGAGUCAACCAGGAUGUCUCAAUGCUUCAUAGCUCCCAGCUGGAUUUCAAGGUCAUCCCCACAGACUGUGACACCCCUCAUGCCCUGGCCACAUUCGUGGCCCACAAGAACACAGUAGCUGCUUUUGUGGGCCCUGCCAAUCCUGGGAACUGCCCAGCAGCAGCCUUGCUGGCCCAAGGUUGGGGCAAGUCCCUCUUCUCCUGGGCCUGUGGGGCUCCAGAGGGAAGAGGUGCCUUGGUGCCUACUUUGCCUUCUGCCGUCCAUGUGCUACUUUCUGUCAUGAGACACUUUGGCUGGGCUCACCUGGCCAUCGUGUCCUCUCACCAGGACAUCUGGGUAACCACAGCCCAGCAGCUGGCCACAGCUUUCAGGGCCCAUGGACUGCCCAUCGGACUGGUGACUUCUUUGGGACCUGGAGAGAAGGGGGCCACAGAGGUUUGCAAGCAGCUCCAUGGUGUGCGUGGUCUGAAAAUCGUGGUGCUGUGCAUGCACUCUGCACUGCUUGGAGGCCUGGAGCAGACCACCCUGCUGCACCGAGCGUGGGAGGAGGGCCUGACAGACGGGAGACUGGUCUUCCUGCCCUAUGACACGCUGCUCUUUGCCCUGCCCUAUCGCAACCGCUCCUACCUGGCCCUGGAUGACCAUGGACCCCUUCAGGAGGCCUAUGACGCAGUACUCACUAUCAGCCUGGACUCCAGUCCUGAGAACCAUGCCUUCGCUGUUACUAAGAUGAAUGGAGGGGCCACUGCCAACCUGGAGCCAGAUCAGGUGUCUCCACUCUUUGGAACUAUUUAUGAUGCAGUCAUCCUGUUGGCCCAUGCUCUGAACCACUCUGAGACUCAUGGAGAAGGGCUCUCAGGAGCUUGCUUAGGGGACCACGUAAGAGCUCUCGAUGUGGCUGGUUUUAGCCAGAGAAUCCGGAUGGAUGGGAAAGGAAGGCGGCUAGCCCAAUAUGUCAUCCUGGACACAGAUGGUAAAGGAAGCCAGCUGGUUCCCACCCACAUUCUGGAUACAAGCACAUGGCAGGUGCAGCCCCUAGGAAAGGCUAUUCACUUUCCAGGAGGGAGCCCUCCAGCCCGUGAUACCAGCUGCUGGUUUGACCCCAACACACUCUGCGUAAGAGGUGUGCAGCCCCCGGGCAGCCUCCUGACUCUGACACUGGCCUGUGUUCUGGCCCUGGUUGGUGGAGUCCUUGCUUACCUCAUCAGGUUAGGCCUUCAGCAGCUGCAGCUGUUACAGGGCCCCCAUCGGAUCCUGCUGGCAGCUCAGGAGCUCACCUUCCUCCGGCGGACCCCCAGCCGGCGGAGGCUGCAUGCGGACAGCGGCAGUGAGUCAAGGAGUGUGGUGGAUGGUGGGAGCCCAAGGCCGGUUACCCAGGGGUCAGCAAGGAGCCUACAAGCCUUCACGGAGUACACCAACGUGGCCUUGUACCAGGGAGACUGGGUGUGGCUCAAGAAGUUUGAAGCAGGCAUGGCUCCUGAGCUGCGGCCAAGUAGCCUCAACCUCCUGAGAAAGAUGCGGGAGAUGAGGCACGAGAAUGUUACCGCCUUCCUGGGCCUCUUUGCGGGGCCCGGGGUCAGCGCAAUGGUGCUGGAGCACUGUGCCCGUGGCAGCCUGGAAGACCUGCUCCAGAAUGAGGCCCUGAGGCUUGACUGGCCCUUCAAGGCCUCCCUACUGUUGGAUCUGAUCCGAGGUGUGCGGUAUCUGCACCAUUGGCAUUUCCCCCACGGGCGCCUCAAAUCCAGGAACUGCGUGGUGGACAGUCGCUUUGUGCUCAAGAUCACUGACUACGGCUAUGCAGAGCUCCUGGAGUCUCAUUGCUCUCCCAGGCCCCAGCCAGCCCCGGAAGAGCUUCUGUGGACAGCUCCUGAGCUGCUGCGGGGGCCAGGGGGCCCCGGGAAGGCCACCUUCAAAGGUGAUGUUUUCAGCCUGGGCAUUGUCCUGCAGGAGGUGCUCACCCAAAGCCCACCCUACUGCUCCUGGGGACUCUCAGCAGAAGAGAUCAUCCGGAAGGUGGCAUCUCCCCCUCCUCUGUGCCGGCCACUGGUGUCCCCUGACCAGGGCCCCCAAGAGUGCAUCCAGCUAAUGCAGCAGUGCUGGGAGGAAGUACCAGACGAUAGGCCGAGCAUGGACCAGAUCUACACACAGUUCAAAAGCAUCAACCAAGGCAGGAAGAUGAGCGUGGCUGACUCCAUGCUGCAGAUGCUGGAGAAGUAUUCCCAAAGCCUGGAGGGUCUGGUCCAGGAGCGGACAGAGGAGCUGGAACUGGAGAGGCGGAAGACAGAAAGGCUGCUUUCACAGAUGCUGCCUCCGUCUGUUGCCCACGCUCUAAAGAUGGGAACCAGUGUGGAGCCCGAGUACUUCGAGCAGGUCACCAUCUAUUUCAGUGACAUCGUGGGCUUCACCACCAUCUCCGCCUUGAGUGAGCCCAUUGAGGUGGUGGGCUUCCUCAAUGACCUCUACACGAUGUUUGAUGCUGUUCUAGCCAGCCAUGAUGUGUAUAAGGUAGAGACCAUCGGGGAUGCCUACAUGGUGGCCUCUGGGCUCCCUCAGCGCAAUGGUAGUCGGCAUGCUGCUGAGAUCGCCAACAUGGCCCUAGACAUCCUCAGCUAUGCAGGCAACUUCCGGAUGAGGCACGCACCCGAUGUGCCCAUCCGUGUCAGGGCUGGCCUGCACUCAGGGCCCUGCGUGGCAGGUGUGGUGGGUCUCACCAUGCCGCGGUACUGCCUCUUUGGGGACACCGUCAACACCGCAUCCAGGAUGGAGUCCACUGGCCUUCCAUACCGAAUCCAUGCCAGCCAAAGCACCGUCCAGGCCCUGCUCAGCCUUGAUGAAGGCUACAAAAUUGAUGUCAGAGGUCAGACCGAACUGAAGGGGAAGGGCUCAGAGGAGACCUACUGGCUGACAGGGAAGGUGGGAUUCUGCAGACCCCUCCCUACACCUCUGUCUAUCAAGCCUGGAGACCCAUGGCAGGACCGCAUAAACCAAGAAAUCCGGACCGGCUUUGCCAAAGCACGUCAGAGUCUGGCUGAGCCGAGGAGGUCAGGGGAGGCUGGGCCAGGUUCCUAAUAAGAAGUCAGUGGGCAGCAACCAAGGCAGCCAAGAUGCCCUCACCAGCCCCACCCUGCUAGGAAUGCCUAAUCAGCUCCCUGAUGGUCUGCCACCCAUGAGUGACAUGAGGUGCCAGUGUCUUCCCUGGUGACUCCCAGGUGUCUUUCCUCCUGCCAGGAAAACAAUAAAAGUAGAAAUACUCCUUCCACCCCACUGCGCUUCACUCAGUGUUGGACAAGCCAUCUGGAUGCAGGGAGCCCAUUGUUCCCAAGCCCUGGUUCCCUAUAGAAGACCCAGUGUCCAGCACAUGGCUAAAGGCCCAAGACCAGGGUAAGGAGGGCCUUUGCUUCAAGUGGCACAGCUCUUCUGGG